AUGAGCUUGGCACCAGCCGGGAAAGUGUUUUCAUGUAGGCGUUCCCAAGCGCUGCCACUCUCUUCCUUGGGAUUGAAGGAAAGAAAGCGGGAGGGAGGAGGAGAGGAAGGGGGAGAGGAGGGAUGCAGGAGCACACCUUACCCUCUUUACAAGGCACAUCCUCAGAACACACCAUUAGAAACCACCACUGCACCAGCACCACCCACACUAGAUUAUUCCGUUUCUUUUCUCCAAAUAUUCAUUCCCUGCAGGAUGAGGAUCUGGUCAAGGGCCCAGUAUGUGGAGAGCAGUCUGGUGCUGCUUGGUCUUGUAACGCUAGCUCUGUCUCUGGGCAAUCUCUCAAGUAGAGGACAGGAAGAGGGUGUUGCCUCUAACAGUCUAGAGGACGGGCUGGAGGUGAUCACAUACUGGUGGGGAGAAUGGACAAAAUGGACCGCCUGCACUCGUACCUGUGGAGGAGGCGUCAUGUCACAGGAAAGACACUGUCUACAGCAAAGAAAGAAAACAACAACUGGUAAAGACAACAUGACAUGCACAGGCAAUGCAAAGAAGUAUCAUCUCUGCAAUGCAAAGGAAUGUCCUUCUACAGGAAGAAGCUUCAGAGAAGAGCAGUGCUGGUCAUUCAACUCUCAGGUUUACAAUGGAAAAAAUUACCACUGGAAACCUCUCUAUCCUGAUGACUACGUUCAUAUCUCCAGUAAUCCAUGUGACUUGCACUGCACCACCUCUGAUGGUCAAAGACAGUUGAUGGUACCUGCACGUGAUGGGACAUCUUGCAAGUACAGCAACUACAGGGGCGUGUGUGUCAAUGGGAGAUGUGAACCCAUUGGAUGUGAUGGUGUCCUCUUCUCCCCCAACACUCUGGAUAAGUGUGGCGUGUGUCAGGGAGAUGGGAGCAGCUGCAGUCGUAUUACUGGGAACUUUCACCGCGGGGCUUCUAGUCUAGGCUAUUCUUUCAUAACUCAAAUCCCAGAAGGAUCAUGGGACAUCCAGAUUAUAGAGAGGAAGAAGUCUGCAGAUAUCCUGGCUGUGACUGACCAAGCAGGGAACUUUUUCUUCAACGGAGCAUAUAAAGUGGACACCCCUCAGAACUUCCAUGCAGCAGGGACCAUUUUCAAAUACCGGCGGCCUACUGAUGUGUAUGAGACGGGGAUCGAGUACAUCGUGGCAAAAGGGCCCAUCGAUCAGCCCAUCAAUGUUCUGGUCUGGAACCAAAACGGAUUUGCUACUUUCUGGUCAGUGGUGUUUUAUUGGGAGGGGAAUAACCAAAGGCUCCUUCAGAAGAACAAACUGAGCGCUGCUGACAUGUACCGCUGGAAGUUGUCCUCACAGGAGCCCUGCAGUAUGACCUGCUCGAUAGGUGUGUCGAAAUCACUUGCCAUGUGUGUGCGGUUUGACGGCAUUGAAGUGGAUGAUGUUUAUUGUGAUGCUUUGACUCGACCAGAGCCAGUUCAUGAUUUCUGCAUUGGCAGAGAAUGCCAACCCAGAUGGGAGGCAAGCAGCUGGAGUGAGUGUUCUCGGACAUGUGGAGAAGGUUUCCAGUUUCGUCUUGUGCGUUGCUGGAAGAUGCUGGCUCCCGGCCUAGACAGCUCUGUGUACAGUGACCUCUGUAUAGAGGCACAGCUAGAGCACCCCCCAGAGCGCCGGGCCUGUAAGAGCCCCACUUGUGGCCCUCAGUGGGAGGUAGCUGAGUGGUCAGAGUGUCCAGCUAAAUGUGGUCGCAGGGGUCUGGUUACGCGAGAGGUCAGAUGCUCAGAUGAAACCCAUGCAUGUGAUGAGGCAACUUGCCCAGCGUCUACCAAAAACUGCACCGGCCCUCCAUGUGAGCGCCAGUGGACAGCGUCUGAGUGGGGACCGUGUUCAGGCAUCUGUGGGCAUGGAAAAACAGUGCGGCAUGUGUACUGCAAAACACCAGAGGGCCGUGUGGUACCUGAGUCUCAGUGCUCACCUGAGAACAAACCUCUGGCCAUUCAUCCCUGCGGAGACAACGAAUGCCCUCCACACUGGCUGGCCCAAGACUGGGAGAGGUGCAACACAACAUGUGGACGCGGUGUGAAGAGAAGGAUCGUGCUGUGUGUAGGCAUCACGGGUGGGAAGGUCCAGAUCAACGAGGACGAGGAAUGUGACAGCAGCAAGCGAGCAGUAGAUGAGGACACCUGCUUUGAGAGGCCUUGCUUCAAGUGGUACACAACGCCAUGGUCUGAGUGCACCAAGACUUGUGGUGUCGGUGUGCGAAUGAGAGAUGUGAAGUGUUAUCAGGGAAGAGAGCUUGUUCGUGGAUGCGACCCUUUGACCAAACCUGUUAACAAGCAGACCUGUGCACUCCAGCCCUGCCCCACCGAACCUCCAGAUGAAAACUGCCAGGAUCGUCCCACCACCAACUGCUCGCUGGCUCUGAAGGUGAAUCUGUGCAGUCACUGGUAUUACAGCAAGGCCUGUUGCCAUUCUUGCCGUAAUCUUCGAGCUUCCUAGCUAGUCUCCACCACUCAAGUUUUCAUAUGUUCAUGUCAUCGGCAAUGUGCUUGUUCAAGGAUUGCAGCAAGGGAAGUUUGAAUCAGUAUUUGUUUAUAUCUUAAGCUAGCUCCAUAA